GUCAGAAUCGACGACAAUGAGUAUUUAGCGUAGCAGAUAUGAUACAGCGAUGAGCCUGCAGGCACAGGCUCAAGCACAGCGCUCUGCGAGGUACUCCCCUCAAGAGACCAUCAAGAUCUAUACCGAUUGGGCGAAUUAUUAUUUGGAGAGAGGCGGUUGCAAGAGAAGAGUGACAGAUCUGCAAACGGAUCUUUGCGACGGUGUUCUUCUUGCCGACCUGGUCGAGGCAGUCACCAAUCAGAAGGUGAUCGACGUGAAUAGGAAACCGAAGAACUCGCAACAAAUGGUCGAGAACGUGAGCCUGUGCGUAGGAGCGCUCCGAGCUCUUGGGGCGGACGUGGGCUCCGUGAAUCCUAGCGAAUUGGCUGCAGGAUCAACCCUCUGGCCGGUCCUCGCCCUUCUUUUCGCCCUCUCACGAUACAAGCAGAGAGCCAAACAACUUCAAGACAUGCCUAGAUUGCCGUCACCGUACAACAAGCAGUCGGCAGUCGGGGGUGCAGGUGGCGGUCCUGGCGCUGGAACCACGAGCAUACCCUUACCUGCCACCGUAGCUGCGACCAGAAGGUGUCCCCCGGACAAGGUUAGGCCGGCUCCUACGCCCACGCAUCAAUCGCAACUCGGUGGUUUGAAGCACGGAAACGGCGGCAUAGGCAGCGCGAGCAGUUCCAGAAGCACGAGUCCGAGUCAACAACAACAAUCACCCCAAACCGGACUCUCCUUCAUUCCCCAACCGAGAAAUCAAAAUUCGACCAACAGGCAACCCUCCACCACCACCCCGAGCCCUCGAGCCUCGACGGUGGGCAAGCCC